UUUCAGCUUCGACGACCGACCAGUUUCGCGAGGUCAAGGACCCCGUUGGUCCUCUAGCGACCCAUGGCAGACUCUCAUGGCUUCGGAGGGGCUGGUCGAGGCCCAACAUUUCCCCGACAGCCAGAGGAGCUGCAUAUCCCAUCCGCGAACAGCUCUCUCCCCUCGAAUGGCCCACGACCUGCGCAGCAUCAAUUCCCUGCACCGCCAGAAUAUGCUGCCAAUCAUCCUCCGACGACGGUGGGCAUCCAAGCUUCCGCCUCCCAACCACAACCGCAAUCCCAUCCCCAGUAUUCCGCGAGCACCGGCCAAACCAACCCCGGGAAUGUGUUGCCAGGCGCUCUCCAGCCUGGAAAUGCAAGCCGCUCGGGCCCUAUAUCGAGCAAUACCGCUCCUACUUUGCCUACUAUCUCGCAACAACCUCCAGCCUCCUCCCCUUCCAGGCCAGCCCUAGCGACCCAGCCGCACUCCUACUCCGCUUCCAGCCCUGCUGCUUUCGAUCAGCAAAAGUAUAAGCCCUUUGGAGGUUCUUCAGAUGGCUCGAAAUACAUCUCCCCAACGUUAGCUACGUAUUCGCAGGGUAAUCAGUAUUCACCGUUGGGUUUGGCAGACAUUCGAUCACGUAUGGACCAUGGGAUGAUGGAGGACAUGAGCGGAGCGGGCCAGCCAAAUAAUGCAGAUCCUCCGAUUUCCACGAAUUGCAACUAUAUGGCCCCUUGGAGUGUCUAUGCGUUAGACUGGUGUAAAUGGUCGGUCCCGCCGGGCACUCCAACCGCCGGAAAGGUGGCUAUUGGGAGUUAUCUUGAGGACAACCAUAAUUACAUCCAAAUUUUGGGCGCCCAGUACACGCCACCCGAUAGGGACUACCCGGAACCAGAUGGCCUACCAGGGCUAGAAUUCGUCAAGAUCGCCGAAGCAACACAUUCUUAUCCGGUCACUCGAAUACUAUGGGAGCCUCCAUCAUCACAAAAGCAAUCUACCGACCUGUUGGCGACCUCCGGGGACCAUCUCCGGCUGUGGUCGCUGCCGUCGGAGUCGUCUCAAUUUCGCCAUCAUGGAAGCAGUUCUAUUAACCGGUCAACAAAUGCCCGACCUCCUGUUCAGAAACUAUCGCCCCUUGCUCUGCUUUCCAACUCGAAAUCUCCCGAGCAUACAGCCCCCAUAACAUCUCUUGACUGGAAUGCAGUCUCCCCAAGCCUCAUCAUCACAUCCAGCAUCGAUACAACUUGCACAAUAUGGGAUAUCCCUACCUUAACCGCCAAAACACAACUCAUUGCUCAUGACAGGGAGGUUUAUGAUGUCCGGUUUUGUGCCAAUAGCGUCGAUGUGUUUGUCAGUUGUGGCGCGGAUGGUAGUGUUCGAAUGUUUGACUUAAGAAGCCUGGAACACAGCACCAUCAUCUACGAACCGUCAGAAAAGAAUGACAAAUUGGCUAACCCUGGCAAUUUGUCUCCAUCAUCCUAUCCAAGUGUUUGGCCCCCGCCAUUAUUACGAAUUGCCGCUUCUCCUCAUGAUGCACAUCUUUUGGCAACGUUUUCUCAAGACUCUAGCGUCAUCCGAAUACUUGACGUCCGGCAGCCAGGCCAGGCUCUUCUCGAGCUCAAGGGCCAUUCCGCGCCAAUCAAUUGCGUGGAGUGGUGUCCUGCCCGCCGAGGGACUCUUGCUUCGGGUGCCGAUGACUCCCUUGUUCUCAUAUGGGAUUUGAUAAAUCAGAACAAUGCAGCUGCAAUAAGCUCACAGACGCCAGUUGGCCAGCCACAUCAUAACAGCUCAAGUGGCGCCUCAACGAUGGAGCGCGGACCGGCUGCAGCAUGGCAGUGUGAUUACGAGGUGUCCAACGUCAGCUGGGCGCCCCAUGCCCCUAGUGGCAAUGUCUCAGGCUGGUUGGGUGUGUCUGGCGGGAAAGGAUUAUGGGGUGUAUCUAUAUGAUUAGAAUCCCAUUUCUAUGCCCCUCCCACACAAACUGCGGCCCAUACCAUACUAUACCAUCUGGUCCAGGCCUGUUCCGGUCCCUUUAUUUUUUAUUUUUAUUUUUGCGUCUUUGUAUAGCAUUGGGCACAGUCAUCCAGCAGGUUUUGUCCAGCUUGUGCAUUGCUGAUGCAGCUUUGUGGAGUGUGAUUUCACCUUUUUUUUUCUGAAUUUUUUUCUUUUGCAGAAGGCGUAUGAGCCAGUUUUGGAAGUAUAUUGGUUUAUUUUGCAUAUCCCAGCUGAUCUGGGCUUGUUGUUCACUUUUGUUUCUUUCUUCUUUUGCUCAUCAUUCUUGGUGCUGGCACUUGAAAACCAUAUUUGCAUGCCUAUGAUUAUUAUGAGCGUUUACGAUACAUCCUGGGUACAAUAUGAGAACUCAUUUUAUCCCUUUGGAGCAGUUCCUUCUUUAAUGUUAGGUAAAUAACUGGCUCCCAGGUUCCACAUACUAUUGUUCUCCAUAACAGGAUAUGGAAUCCCUGAUACGAUAGAGCUAAUAUAAAGAGCAUAGGUGACAAUAGUUAAUGGUUAUUUCAUAUCAGCAUCCCG